AUGCCUGAUUUUCUUCAAUCCAGUAACAUUUCCAACCAAAUCAUGGCUUUUGCUCAACCCUUUUUUGCUGAAACUUUAAUAUCCAAAACCCUCCAAUUUUCACCCACAAAUCCAUCUGCACAAAGGAGAGCAAGAACAGUUGCAAUUCAUCAAUCGCCACUGCUGCUAAAACCUUAUCAGAAUUUCCUCAUAAGGAAAGAGCGGAAAAGGGUUAAUUGUCGUGUGGCUGUUGAUCAAGUUGGAGGUGGGUUAGCAGAGGAAAAGAAAGUUGAUGGAAAUGUGCUUGUUGAUGAUGGUGGAUCAACUGAAGAACAAACAAAAGGAGAAGGUGAAGUAGUUAAGUAUGACUGGACUGAAGAGUGGUACCCUUUAUACCUCACAGAGCACGUCCCAGAUGAUGCUCCAUUGGGUCUUACUGUUUUUGAUAAGCAACUUGUGCUUUACAAGGAUGGAGCUGGAGAGCUUAGAUGCUUUGAAGAUCGGUGUCCUCAUAGGUUGGCAAAACUAUCUGAAGGGCAGAUAUUUGAUGGGAAACUAGAAUGUUUGUAUCAUGGCUGGCAAUUUGAUGGUGAUGGUAAAUGCGUGAAGAUACCUCAGCUUCCUGCCAAUGCAAACAUUCCUAGAUCAGCUUGUGCCAAGACAUACAAUAUAAAGGACUCCCAAGGAGUUAUAUGGGUGUGGAUGUCUCAUAAGACACCACCAAAGCCUGAAAAAAUCCCCUGGUUUGAGACAUUGUCCAAACCUGGAGUUCGAGAUAUUUCAACAAUCCAUGAACUUCCGUAUGAUCAUUCUAUUCUUCUUGAAAACCUUAUGGAUCCGGCCCAUGUUCCUAUUUCUCAUGAUAGGACAGAUUUCACUGCAAAAAGGGAAGAUGCGGCUGCAUUAUUUUUCAAGGUGACUGAAAGAACAGAUAGAGGAUUUGCAGGCUGGUGGGGAAGGGAAAGGGAUCAGUCCACACCAAACUACAUUCCAAAUUUCCUGCGUUUUGAGGCUCCUUGUGUUCUUUCGAACAGCAGAGAAAUUAUUGAACCUACUGGGGAGAAGAAUUAUUUCUGUGGGCUCUUCUUAUGCCGACCAUCAGGACAAGGGAAAUCAAUGCUCAUUGUGAGGUUUGCAAACACAAGAAAACUAACUGGGCCAUUCAAAUUUAUUCCCCAGUGGUUCUUCCAUCAGAAUGCCGGAAAGGUUUUUGAGCAAGAUAUGGGAUUUCUUUCCUCCCAAAAUGAAUAUUUAAUGAAAGCCAAUGUCCCAACAAAGGAUCUGUAUAUCAACUUAAGGUCAUCGGACACCUGGGUGGCUGAAUACAGAAAGUGGAUGGACAAGGUUGGACACGGGAUGCCUUAUUACAUUGGACACAGCACCAUUUCACUGCCCAAAGUACCUGCAGUGGUUGAGCAAGCUCCAGCGGGCUUUGUGGCUAGCCUUUCUGCUACGCAACCAGCCAAAGGAGGAAUUGGAACAAUUCAUGCUCCGAAUUUGACCAAUCGAUAUUUUCGCCAUGUAAUUCAUUGCAAGGAAUGCAGAGCAGUUAUUAAAUCUUUUGAGGCAUGGAAAAAUGCGCUUUCAGCAGCUGCUCUUAUAACAACUACUGUGGCGAUUCUUGUGUCAGGAAGACAGUGGAAGACCCUUCUUCUGAUAUCUACAUCCCUUUGUCUAGUUGGAAUAUAUGCCUGCUCUACUGCAAUUGCAAUGAACACAACAAAUUUCAUAAGAACACACAGAAGAGCGUAG